AUGGCGGAGCGCAAAGAAAAUAAAGACCAAACAACCUCACAGUCCACAGAUAGCUAUGAUGGAUGGGGAUUUGAUUUAUUCCCCGAGAGAAGAGGUACCUACAAACCAAAUUUAAAAAAUAUUUUGUUUCAAGGGCGUGGAAAUGAAAACUUGGAAAGAGUCAAGUGCGAAAGAAAAGUGGCCUCCUGUAUCAACAAAAGUCCUUUGGUAAAGAUCAUGAUGGGUGCGUUGCGCAGAUCUGGUUGCGAUGUCAACCCAUCUCGUCAUAUUGCAUGUGAACUAUGUGAUUCGAGCGUCCAUGGGGGAUAUGAUCCAAUUAUGAAUCAAGUUGUUAUAUGUCAAAACACAGCUACAUCAAAGGGUACCAUACAGGGAGUUCUCACACAUGAGCUCAUACAUAUGUUCGACAAUUGUACACGUAAAUUAGACUUCCGGAAUAUUGAGCAUUUAGCUUGUACAGAAAUCAGAGCAGCAAAUUUGACUCAUUGUGGACUUGUAUCGUCUAUGCUCGAAGGGCAUUCAUCAUUUUUUAAUUUUAGAAAAAAACACCAAGACUGUGUAAAACAUAAAGCCACUAUUUCCGUGUUGGCUGUUAGAGAUGUCACCUAUGAACAAGCAAAAGAAGCAGUUGAGAAAGUAUUUGAUCGUUGUUAUGCAGAUUUAGAACCUAUCGGGAGAAGAGUUAGAGGAAAACCAGUUGAUUUUGAACUUGCAUAUGCUGAAGCUUUUUUAAUGGGCUAUGAUUAA